CCUUAACGAGAGCACGACGUGGAGAACUUGUCGCCGCCGCUGCUGCUAAAUAAUGAGUCGUCAUGAAGGUGUCAGCUGCGAUUCAUGUCUCAAAAGUAAUUUCAAUGGACGCCGCUAUAAGUGUUUAAUUUGCUACGAUUAUGAUCUAUGUGCCGAUUGCUAUGAGGAUGGCGUCACCUCCACUCGCCAUUUGGUUGAGCAUCCAAUGCAAUGCAUUCUUACCCGUUCCGAUAUUGAAUUAUAUUUUGGCGGCGAGAUGCUAACAUCGGAUCAACCGCAAAGUUUCACGUGUCCUUAUUGCAAAAAGAUGGGCUUCAGUGAUGUAACAUUGCUAGAGCAUGUAUCCACAGAGCAUACGGAGACCAGUCUGGAGGUGGUAUGUCCGGUUUGUGCCGGACUGCCAGGCGGUGAGCCGAAUCUAGUCACAGAUGAUUUUGCUGGUCAUCUAACAUUGGAGCAUCGGCAAGGACCUCGAGAGUUAAUAUCCUUUUUGGACGAGCCAUCUGCUAUACGUCAUGGUGGUGGAGUGCGUCGCAUUCCUGGCCGUACCCUCGGUGGGCCACGCACGCGUCGCUCCAAUAUGCACUUUAGCUCAGCGAGCGGUCUCUCGGCGCUGUCGCCAUCGGGUCGCGAAUCGGUUGAUCCUAUUGCGGAAUUACUCUCACAACUAUCCGGUGUUAGACGUGGCGGUCCACCAACAUCGCAAUUGCAGCAACUGCAAAUGCAAAUGCAAUUGGAUAGACAACAGGCCACGGCAUCACGCCAAAUCGAUCGUUUGCCAAGACGUGCGCAUCCUAUAGUCUCAACAUCGAAUUCGAAUGCAGCCAUGUCCGAGGUGAUCAGCGGUAAUGGCGGCAGCGGAGGUAGCAGUGGCGCAGUCGGCAGUGGCAGCGGAGGCAGUGGAAGCGGUGGUAUAACUGCAGCGCCCAAUCUGCGCACAACCGAAUGGCCAGUGACAGCUAGUUUCUCGACAUCGGCCACUAAUCAUCAGCAGACACAGUCGAGUCUGGCCGCCAAUAGCCUCAAUACACGAGAAGCAAUCGGCUCGGGUAGCAGCUCAAACAAUGCCCUCGGCAUAAGUGUGGGUGUAGGCGUUGGUAGUGGAUCAGGCAAUGGAUCAGUUGGCGUAGGUGCUGCAGGUGUCAAUGGCCAGGCAGUUGGUGCUGUUGGUGUUCCCGUUUCAGCAGCUGGCGAGGCUUUGCUGUUGGCCCAAUUUAUGCAGCCCACAUUGACAGAUGCCGAAUGGGCGAAUGUAGAACGCAAAAGGGCUAAUUGUUCGAUGUUUGCAGAGACAUUGCUACUCUCUAUGCUCUGUGCAGAGGCUUUGGACUUGAAUGCGGACUCGGAUUAUAAUGAUGAUGAUGAUAGCGGCGAUAUGGCCAAGAGUGAUAAUGUAAAUAAAGAGCAAAAACAGCAAAAACAACAGCAGGAUGAGGAGGAUACGCUGCUCAAUAAUAAUGCAAACGAACCUGGGCAACAGCAGCAGCCAGCGAUGGUGCGACAGGUGAAUCAGAUGCAACAGACGUCCCCAGAGGAUUUUGUUGUCUGUGAUGAGUAUCGCUAUAAAAACAAAAAGGCGAACAAUUCAACAACAACUACUACCACCACCACACAGACAAGUGGUGGCGGUGGUGGUGUAGGUGGAGGAGUCUCAACAGCAUCACCACCAACAACAGGAACAGCAUCAGGAGGAGUCAGUGGCGGAGGAGGGGUUGGUAUGGCUGGCAAUAAGCCAACAGCUGAUAGAGGCAUCGAAAGACGCGGCCGCCCACCGCCAGUUGAGCAAACUGCCACCGGCAGUGGCUCUCAGUUGCAGCAACAACAACAACAGCAGCAGCAAUCGGCGUCCCAGCAAAAAUAUAAACAACAACAAAAUGCAAAUGCGGCAACAGCAAACACAAAUCAAAUACCCGAAACUAGGUAGUGCCUCAGAUAAUGGAUGCGAGAUCAGAUCAAUAAAAAUACCCCCCUCUCAAAAAAAGAGAAUAAAAUGUAUGUGUAGCUGCAGCAGCCCUCCCCCCAAACUAAAUUCUAUUACCACUACCAACCACCAGCAAAAACAACAACAACAACAACAAACAAAAAACCAACCAACAAACA